AUGGCGACAUCAACCGACAUAGAAGCGUUUCGCGGGGUCCUGAAGAGCAGCAAGAGCAUAGUGGCCGUGGUCGGAGCCGGGUUGUCUGCAGCCUCUGGCAUACCAACGUUCAGAGACUUUGGUGGACUUUGGAAUUCUUAUGACCCUCUGGAAUUCUCUACUCCUCAAGGGUUUCUCGCUGAUCCAAGCCAGGUAUGGCAGUUCUAUCAUCAACUGCGAGAACUGUCUCUGCACGCCACACCGAACGCGGGCCAUAUCGCGCUAGCAGUCCUGUGUGUCCCUGAGAACUUGCGCAUCGUUGCACCCCUUGCCCGAUUCACCAUUAUUACUCAGAAUAUCGACGGCUUAGACAUUUGCGCCUUGAAAGAGGUGAUUGCCAAGCGUGUCCAAGACCACCACUUCGUCGCACCGUUGUCAACGUCACAGAUCUUUGAGAUCCAUGGCAGAGUCGUUGACACCUUAUGCACGGUCUGCGGUCACCGAGAAUCACGCACAGAGAGCCCGUUAUGCCAAGCUCUCAAGAACGUGCCGUUCAGAUCGGAGACCUAUAUUCCGGAGGAAGAUCUUCCCCACUGUUGCCAACCAGGUUGUGGUGGACUGCUUCGACCCGGAGUGGUGUGGUUCGAUGAAGUUCCUCACCAUCUGAAGGACGUCUAUCGCGUCGUCGACGAAGCUGAUCUUUGCCUUGUCAUCGGCACUUCUUCGACAGUGUCACCCGCUGCAGGCUUUGCAUAUGAAGUCACUGAGCACGGUGGCAAAGUGGCUAUUUUCAACAUCGACUCCUCCGAUGAUGAACGAGCGGACUUCUUCUUCGCUGGGCCUUGUGAGGAAACACUGCCGCGUAUCUUCUUCGACAGUUGA